AUGGCACGUAUUGAUAAUAAAAAAGUAGAAUUUGUUCAUCGAGAAAGUGAAUCAGAUUGUCGAACAUUCAGAACUGGAUCUAUGGGAGAAAAAGAACAACAUAUAAGUCGGUUUCGUCGAUUAACAUCUGGUAGUCUUCGUCAUAAAAGUCGUGGUAGUCAAGUACCAUUAAUAAAAACCGAUUUUAUUGAACCUGUACAUAAUAUAGAUCCAUUACAUACAUACUUUAAUUCUGAUACUGAAGUAAGUGACUCAGGUGUACCUCGAAUAAAUGAUAACUCUUAUAUCAGUAAUACACGUAGACCUAAAAGAUACCGACGUUCAUGUCGUUCUGCUUAUGAAACACCUAAUUAUUCUACUGCUUUAGGACCAUUAAGAGAAAAACAUAAGCUUAGUCCAUUGGAACGUAUAUUUUUAGAAGCAGCAGAGCGAGGUGAUAAAUCUACCCUGAUCCGAUGUUUAUCAUUUUCAAGUGGUGUAAAUGUAAAUUGUGUUAACAUGUUGGGUCGUACAGCAAUUCAAAUUGCAGUUGAUAAUGAAAACAUUGAAUUAGUUGAAUUACUUCUUGAACAACCUGGUAUAGAAAUUGGUGAUGCAAUAUUGUAUGCUAUUCAAGAAGGUGUUUAUCGAAUAGUUGAAAUGUUAAUUGAUCAUCCAUCAAUCACUAAAGAAAUGUUAGGUACAUCGUGGACAACACAGUGUAUUGGAAUCGGUAAGCGAGAAGAAGAGAGUCAUGACUUUUCUGCUGAUAUUUCUCCAGUUAUGUUGGCUGCAAUCUGUAAUCAAUUUGAAAUUUUACAAUUGCUUAUAAAUCGUGGUGCCAGAAUAGAAGAACCACAUAAAUCAUCAUGUUCCUGUGAACAUUGUCAUCGACUACUUACAGAUGAUCCAUUGAAGCAUACUCUUCAAAGAAUAAAUACAUAUAGAGCACUUGCUAGUCCAGCAUGGAUAUCGUUGACAUCUCCUGACCCUAUACUAACUGCAUUCGAAUUAUCUUCAGAGCUUCUUCAUUUGGCAUCACGUGAAAAUGAGUUCAAAGAAACAUUCUUAUCAUUAUGUGAACAAUGUAGGAAAUAUGCUUGUGAUUUAUUAGAUCUAUGCAGAGGAACAGGUGAAGUUGUCGCUGUACUCAGUAAAGGGACUGAUAGCGAUGAAAGUCUAAGUGAUAUUAGCAGUGACGAGUCAGAUGAUCUACAAGGAGUAAUAAAAACACACAAUCUGUUUCCACCUACAAAUCAUAUUUCUACAUCUUAUUACUCUCCAAAUCGCCAAAUUCAUCAAACAAAUCGUAGCCAUCUUGAUCUAAUAAAUAAUCAAUCUGAAAAUAAUCAAAAUUAUUUAAAUAAUGGAAAUGAUUGGCGUGAAUUAUUAGAUAGAACAUAUAUUUCUAAAAAACGACAUCAUAGACGUUAUACAACAUGGAAUCAUCCUACUUAUUCAUGUGCAAAAUUUAAUCAAACAUUAAGUAUAGAAAGUUCAAAUCAUGAUGAAAUAAAUAGUAAUGAAAAUUUACAUCCAUCUACUAGUAAAAUUAAUGAAUUAUAUGAUCCAGAUAAUCAACUUACUUAUAAAGAUCAUUUAGAAACAACAAAUAAUGUAUAUUCAUCUACCAGAUCACCUAUAACAUUCAAUAAUAAUAAUAAUAAUAAUAAUACUUCUAGUUUGUAUCCAUGUAAUAUAAAAGAAAACAAUGAUACUAAUAGUAAUAUUAUAAUAAAACCCAAUUCAAAUGAGAAUGUAUCAACAAUGUUAAUGACAUCAGAACCAUGUUCAUCUAUAUUUUUUGAACGUAAACGUAAUAGUUUCGAUUGGGAAUCACCAAUAUGUAGUUUUAAUCAACAAACUCAAUUAAAUAAUAAUAAUUAUAAUACAAUAAAUUCAAAACAAACUAUAUUCAAAGGAAAUAAAUCAACUCAUCAUUCAAUAUGUUGUUGUUGUUGUAAUUGUUGUUAUUCAUCUAAUUAUAAUGAUUAUCAUUGUUCAAAAUCAUCCAUUAAGAAUAGUAAUGUCAAUCGUUUAAGUAUUAAUAAUAAUAAAUCAUCCACUUCGCAAUUGGAAACUAUUGAAACAUCUGAUAUUAUUGGUAUUAGACAACAGAGGAAAUUUUAUUCAUUUAAAUUAGAUCGUUUAAAAUUAGCCAUUAAACAUGAACAGAAAAAAUUCGUUGCUCAUCCACAUUGUCAACAUCUUUUAACCACCUUAUGGUAUGAUCAAUUACCUGGUUGGCGUAAACGUCAUCCAUUUACAAAACUAUUUCUUUGCUUUUGUUUCAUAAUUGCAUUGCCAAUAUUAGCUCCGACAUAUUUAAUUCAUCCACAUGGAUGUGUUGGCCAGUUGAUGCGAAGUCCAUUGAUAAAAUUUAUUAAUCAUAGCGCAUCAUUUGCAAUUUUUAUAUUCCUACUUUUGAUUGCAUCAACUGAUACAUUAACGAAAACAGAUUUACAAAGACGUAGUGAAAUUCGUGGACCAGAUCCAAAUGUUAUUGAAAUGUUAAUAUUAUGGUGGGUAAUUGGAUUUGUAUGGAGUGAAAUGAAACAAAUAUGGGAAGAAGGUCUUAAAGCUUAUGUUCGUCAAUGGUGGAAUUGGUUAGAUUUCUUAAUGCUUGGACUUUAUUUGACUACUGUUGCACUUCGUGUUGUUGCAGUCAUAUUACGCAAAACUAAUCAAUAUGGGACAGAACCAUUACCACGUAAUCAAUGGCCUGAAACAGAUCCAACUUUACUCAGUGAAGCAUUAUUUUCUAUUGCACAUAUAUUUAGUUUUGCAAGAAUUAUAUUUCUAUUUCAAAUUAAUGAACACCUUGGACCAUUACAAAUUUCACUUGGAAAUAUGUUAAUUGAUAUUACAAAAUUCAUUUUCAUCUUUCUCUUAGUAAUUUCUUCCUUUGCUUGUGGUCUUCAUCAAUUGUAUUAUUAUUAUCUUUCAAAUGAAGAAGACAAUAGACCACGUGCAUUUAGUUCACUUGUCAGUUCAUAUCGUACAUUAUUUUGGCAUUUAUUUGGAAGCAGUCAAUCGGGUAAUUUUGAAGUGACAUUUGUAAAUAAAACCAGCGGUGAACGUGAACGUAUGGAAUCAGCUAGGAAUACGAUGGUUGUAGGUGAAAUCCUACUAUUAAUUUAUCAUGCGAUGGCAAUUAUAGUCUUAGUAAAUAUGUUAAUUGCUAUGAUGUCUAAUUCAUUUCAAACUAUACAGAAUCAUGCAGAUACAGAAUGGAAAUUCGCUCGAAGUAAACUAUGGGUUGGUUAUUUUGAUGAAGGAUCAACGCUUCCACCACCAUUGAAUACAAUUAUAAGUCCUAAAUCUAUAAUCAGAUUCUUGUGUGGUAUAUUUCAUUUUAUAAUCUUAUUAAUAAAAAAAUGUCGAAAUUGUAAACUGUCAAGAAAUACCAAUAGUAAUAGUAAUAAACAUAAACAGACAAAAUUAAACACAUUGAAUCUUCAUUCAAAUCAACAAAAUAGUCAAACAGAAUGGGAUAUUGAAAUUCAAGAAACAAAUACAAAUGGAAUUUUUUCCAAUCUUGAUGUCAUGAAUAAACAAAAACAACAGUCUAUAAAAGAAACGAAACAAAGUAAACGAAAAACCUUUUAUCAGACAGUUAUGCGUCGACUCGUAAGAAGAUAUAUACAUCAAUCGAAGAAAACAAUGAGACAAGAUGGAGUGAAUGAAGAUGAUCUAUUGGAAAUUAAACAGGAUAUAUCAAGUUUAAGAUUUGAAAUACGUGAAGAUAGAAAACGGGAAGUUGUACGUGCUGUUUGUCAAUUAGAAAGUUUAAAACAAGAACUUGUUGGUGAAUUAAGUAAACAAAAUUCAAUAUUACAAAAUAUUCUCUUACCGUAUAAUGUUGCUACUGCUGCUUCUUCUUCUUCUUCUACUACUAAUACCACUACUCCUAUCACUACAAAUUGUACAAUAUCAUCUUAUCAAAAUGCAAUUACUUCUAUUCAACAAACACUACCAAAAUCUGAAAUUGAAUUACCAUUAUCAGUCAAUAUUCAAAAAAAGCAUUCAUUACAACAUUAUAGUUCAAUGAGUAAUACUACUGAUCAAAUAUUAGAUUCAAUGAAUUCUAAAAUAAAAGAUUCUAAAAAGAAAUAUUCAUUAAAUUAUGAUAAAGAUAUUAAUUAUUUAACAAAAAUGAAUGAAAUAUUAUUUGAUUAUUCAUGGUUACCUAAUAAACACAAUAAAAUUAAUACAGUUAAAGGAUUAUAUAUAGAUGAUUGGUAUCAUUUUAAAAAUGAAAUCAAAAUUGGAUUAAAAGAAGAACUCGUUUCAUUAAUUAAAAAUAAAUAUCUAAUAGUGAAUAAUGAAAAAUUAUUAAAUGAAUUAGAAACUACUAAUAAUAAUGAUAUUAGUAAUCAAAUUGUAUCAACAUCAUACAAUUCAUUGACAAAUGAAAAUAAAUUAGAUAUUAUUCAGAAUAAAAUUUGUAAUAAACAUUCUGAAAAAACAUUUCCAAGAUUUACACAAACAAAUUAUAACUUUAGAAGAAAUUCUAGACAGAAUGAUAAUAAUACUGAAGAAAUAAAACUAUCACAUUCAAAAUAUCCAGACAAUAUCGAAGAGAAAUCAUCCUGUUCAACAUUCAAAUUAUCAUCAUCAUCAUCAUCAUCACCCCCUCGAUCAUCUGUUCCAAACGAGACUCUAUCAUCAGCAUUAAUACCAUCGUCAUCAUCACGAUCCCAUGAUCAAUACCUUAUAGCUAGUACAAAUAAAGCAAUGAAAAAUAUAAACAUAUCAAAUACCUCACGUAUUAUACCUACUGUAUCCCCAACUCCGACUAAUAUCACUACUACUAAUAAUAGUAGCAGUAGCAGACAUCGUAACAACAAACUACCAAGAGACGAACAUAAUAUUGAUAAAAAUGAAGGAAUAAUCAAAAUCUAUGAAACUUCUAAUAUCCAUUACGAAGAUGAUAGUAGUAGUUCAACAAUUAGGAAGUGAUCAUAUAUUUUCUGUCAUAAAUCAAUAAGUGAUUUUAAAAGAUUAUUACCAUUAUUAUUAUUAUUUCAAUAACGAUCAUGAUCACCUGUAAACAACAUCUAUUUUAUUUUCAAUUAUUAAAAGAGAAAUUUUUCUGAAAAGAAAAUAAAGCUGAAUAUUUAUUAGCUAUAAGAAAUACUUCAAAGAUAGAAUUCUAUUCAUUGUAUCCUGUAAAAUAAUUUAAUACACAAACUUUAAAGAUUCUUUUCAUUUUUUUAAAAAAAAAACAAAAGAAAACAAAAAUGGGAUACUACAUUGAUAAAUAUUAGUUUGUAUAUUUUACAGACUAACAUAAAUGAAUCUACCUUAACAGUAUGAAAAAUUAAAAUAAAACGCCUGAAUAUAUAACAAUAAUUUACAUAAAUUACAUAUAACAUAAAUGUUUCAUUUCAAUUAUUCAUUUAUAGUAUGAUUAUUUUCUUUAUCAAAGUAAUAUAAUAGAAACAGAAAAUUAACAAGAAACUAAUGAGCGUUUUAAUGUAAUAAAUAAAUAAAUCAGAACCUAAUCAUUAUAACUUUGGUUUUAUACUACCUAAAUUCUGUUAGUAGUAUGAUUCUGGCAAACAAAUUAAUGGAAUGAUAAUACCUGACAACUGACAAGCAAUAAUCUGCAAAUAUUCAUUGAUGAUUAGUUUUAAUUAAAAAGCUGAAUUAUGAAAAAUUCGAUAUCUCUGAGUUACAUAAAGUAUAUUUAGUAGGACAGUUGUGGUGUGUGUAUGCUACUUAUAUCGAUAUAAGUAGUAUAUAAUGCGAAUCAGGAAUAGAAUAACUGGAAGCAGAAGAUUGAGAAGGAAAGAACGGGAACAGUGUUUGGUAUGAAAAUGAAGGAACAGUGAAAUAUGGGAUGAAUGAUUAACAUCUGCAAAGAAACACUCAAGUUUAACAAAAUUGAUCGAUAUUUUUCAUAUCAAUUAUUUACUGUAUGGCUCUCGGAUUUUAGUAAGGUGUUCUGUAAUUUUGUGUACCAAUACAUUUGUCUGUCCCC